AUGGACAGUCCCUUCUUAUUCUCAGAAGACCCUUGGAUCACCGCCGGUUUCCGCCGAGAUCAACCCCGUCACCCCGGUGCUUCGACGUUUUCACCGGGAGAGAGAGAUAUAGACUUGGACAGUCCCUUCUUCUUCUCAGAAGACCCUUGGAUCACCGCCGGCCGCCGCCGAGGGCAACCCCGUCACCCCGUUGCUUCGACGUUUUCACCGAGAGAGAGACAUAUAGACAUGGACAGUCCCUUCUUAUUCUCAGAAGACCCUUGGAUCACCGCCGGCCGCCGCCGAGAGCAACCCCGUCACCCCGGUGCUUCGACGUUUUCACCGAUAGAGAGAGAGAUAGACAUGGACAAGCCCUUCUUCUUCUCAGAAGACCCUGGGAACACCGCCGGCCACCACCGAGAGCAACCCCGUCGCCCCGCAGCUUCGCCGGCGGUGAACGACCCGGUCUUCUCUGUCCCCGUUUGCUUCGGAUCCGACUUGGCGGCCGCUGCCAAGAAGCCAGCGACGGCGCUCCCCUCGAAGGCGACGAGGUCGUCCGCGGCCGUCGCUAUCCAGAGGGUCCUCCGGGGCCACCUGGUGCGGAAGAACGUGAGGGUCGUCUCCAGGCUCGCGGCGGAGUUGGGCGAGAUAGAGCAGAUGGUGCGGUCCGGAUUGGAGCGGCUGCUUGCGGAGCCGAAGGAGCGGCUGCGGGUGAGCGAGAUGCUCAUGGCGUUGCUCUUCCGUCUUGAUUCCGUCCGCGGUGUCAGGGAGUACCGGAAGAAGGUGAUCCGGAGAGUCAUCUCGCUCCAGGAGUUCCUAGAUUCCGUCUUCAGCCAAACACAAACCCUUGAAUCACCAAUUCCGGCAGAGACGCACGGAGAGAUCCGUGAUCGUGACGCCAUUUUGGAAGAGGUUGGCAAGAUGCCUCAGGAUGACAACGCCGAGGAAGAGACGGCUUCUGGCUCCAAAGAUGUCUCGGUUCAAGAAAGCGAUCCGGACUCUAACCAAGACCCUAUCUUGGCCGUCGUCAAACAGGUGUCUGAUGCAUCUGACGAGAGCUUCGAAACCCUAGUUUUGACCGACGACCUCAAGAAAGAAGAAGAGAAGGCAGUGAUUGAAGACUUUGUUGUACUAUCCAUGGAAGAACCCAUCGAUCCGUCUCAAAUGCGAUUCGAUUCCGCGGCUAACCCGGAGAAAGCUGCCGUCGCUGAUUUAAUAGAACAAGAGAACACGGAGGCGGCUGCAGGGAUCUCGACAACAAUCGCUGAAGCCGAGACAGGGGCAGCGAGGCCGCACAUGAGCGAGACGGUCGAUGUGCUGAAGAAGGUGAUGGCGGAGACGGAGAGGCUGCAGGGCCUGGUAGCGGCGUUGUGUGAGCAGAACACGCAGCAGUGCAUGCUGAUGACAGAUGUGGUGGAGAGGGUCGAGCACUUGGAGCGGGCAGUAAAGACCAUGCGUGAGAAGAAGAAGAUUGGUGCUGCUAAGUGCUAA